UCCCUGGUUCCUCUCGCCUCCCGCGCGGUCGCGCCCCUCGCCGCCCCCCUCCCGCCGAGCUAUAUAUAUGCGCCGUGCCCACGGAUCAUCAAACCAUCAGACGCCAAAACACAAGUCGCCGCAGAGGCAGAGCAACCGAAGGGCGAAGGCACCGUGCAGCAAGAGGCGGGAUCAGGGGGGCCGAGAUCACGGCAGGCGAGAUUCUCGGAGAGGCUACGGCCGCCAUGGACAUGGCCUCCGCGUCCGCGCCCACCACGUCCUCCCACAACAUCUCCCUGGCGCAGGCCGUGCUGACGCUCUCCAUCAACGCCGUCCUCGUCUUCCUCACCGCCGUCAUCAAGUCCGCCACCUCAUCCUCCUCCUCGUCCCGCCGCCGCGAGGCUGCCCCCGCCCCUACUCCUGCCGCCGCCGCCGCACCCCCGUCGCCAUCCCCGGCUCCGGCUAAGCCCGCCACCAUCGCCAUGGACGUGGUGCUCGGGGUGAUGGGCGCCGGCGGCGCCGCCGUGUCGGUGGGGUUCGAGGAGGCCGCGGCGCUGUUCGACGAGGAGGAGGCGACCGUGGAGGAGGCCCGCGCCGCGUUCGCGGUCUUCGACCGCGACGGCGACGGGUUCAUCGACGCCGCGGAGCUCCGGACCGUGCUCGGGUCGCUCGGGUUCGGCCCCGCCGGCGCCGCGGAGUGCCAGAGCAUGAUCGACGCGUACGACGAGGACAGGGACGGCAGGAUCGACUUCAGCGAGUUCGUCAAGCUCAUGGAGACGAGCUCGUGAGUUAGGAUAGGGACUAAUUGGACAGCCGGGCCGGAGGCCCGGAUGAUUCGGUCGGAUUCAUUCAGAGAUUCUUUGUUCGUUCGUUCUUCCUAUGUUUUUCUUGGCCGGAAUCGAGCCGAAUGUUUCAAACAGCACCUGUGUAUAACUCAAAAUCUAGAAAUGGAUACAUGAUUUUCUGAAGUUUU